AGUCAUCACCUGCGGUCAAAACGUAUCGGAAGACACAAGGAGAGAGGAAGUUUCGAGACUGCGAGCAAACGUCAUUGCACGCACUGCACACCGUACAUACGUAAACCGCGCGGGGAGAGAGAUUUCGUUGCCAAGAGGAGGCAAAGUCCAGGAAAACAUGUUGGCCAGAGCCGCUGUGUGGAUUGCGGCAAUCACCUCCCAGCUCCGGACGAAUGGCAACAACAUGAUGCUGCAACAGCAGCAGCAGCAGUCCCAGCCCGUUUCGGCGCUGCGGGGGGGACGCAUAAUGGGUAGCAGCCCCGGUCAUCGUAUCGGCGGCCUCAAGAAAGCAGCCGCGAGUGAGGCCCUCAUCAACCCCGCUUCCCGCCAGAACAAGAGACUGUACGCCCCGGGACUCCUGAACGCCCGUGCCUCCAGGGACUACCAGCCCAACGCCGAGGACGUCGUCGCCGAGCACCCUCUCCCGGGAUACAUCGUGCCCGUCCAAGCCUCUGCGGACGAUGCGGAACCUCUUACAUGGGAGAUCAAGGUGGACCAGCAGCAGCAGCAGCAGCAGCAGCAUCGGCCUGACUCGAUGGAGGCCGCCAAGAACUUUUCCACCAAGAUCUCCGACGGCCGCGUGUUCUCCCGAGGGUUGUUGACCAAGGGCUUCGAGAAGCUGUACGCCCACGUCACCGUCACCACGGCCUUCCUCGCCCUUGGCUAUGCCAGCCUUCGAAUCGGUGGCAAAGCACCCGCGCUGCUGGCGACGCUGGUGAUGAAGGCGGGGGCGCUCUCUGUUGUUUCUGCCGCGACGACCAGCUGCUUGUCGGCAGGGGCGACGACCGCCGACACCGGCUCAAGUGGAACUACUUCCGUUCUUCAUGGAGACGUGACCGACAAUGCGACAUGGACGUUGUUCAGCUGGAUGGCGAACAUCGGAGCGGCGACAGCGUUGGCCCGGAGCAUGUGGGUAUUCGCUCUCUGGGUAUUAGUCACCCUCGCCUUCUGGGCUAGGAGGAGGAGCAGGAGCAGGAAUAAUGGGGCAUCGGUCUCGCCCAACGCUCCCCCCACAGCCGCCGGCACACCCGCCGCCGCCGCCGCCACCGCCGCACCUGCCAUGCCCCCCACAGGCACGCCCCCGGCAGCCGCCGCCGCCCCGCCCGCCGCCAUGCCCUCCGCAGCCGCAGGCACGCUCCCCGCAGCCUCCGCCAUGCCCGUCGCGGCCGCAGCCAUGCCCGCCCCCGCCCCCGGUGCCCCUCCUGCCGCCGCCGUGCCCGCCCCCACCGCCCCGCCUGCCGCGGCCAUGCCCGCCCCGCCCGCCGCAGCCCCCGCCGCAGCGGCAUCUACGGCAUCUAACCCAGUAGACAGCCACGUCGGAACCCCAGGGUCGCCUGCGCCCGCGAGUACCGGGGAAGCACAGCCCAUGGCUAACCCCCCCGCUGCGCCCGAACCUGAACCGCGGGUAGGGCGCGGCGGCCUCCGCAGGGCCAUGCAACGCCUGGGCCGCGGGAUAACCUUGGCCAGCAUGGUGGCCAAAGCUAAAGAAGCCGCUUCUGGCGUCGACGUGGACGAAUUGGUUUCUAAUGUUGGCGAGUUUUUGCAAGGCGUGGCCGAUGAGAUGGGGGACGUGUAGCCGUGGCGGGGUAGCAAGUCCGGUCGUCCGUUGCAGUCACACCUACGGUAACCUCCCUCCCUCCGUGCUGCAGUUGCGUGUGAUGUGUGGGGUCGAUAGGAGGAGGAGGAGGAGGAGGAGGAGGAGGAGGAGGAGGAGGCGUAGACCCGCCCGGGCAGCACAAGGUGACACCGCCGGUGGUGCUGUGGCGUCAUUUUUUUGUGUGCUUACCGUGUCGAAUAUCCAUGCAUGGUGUGCAUUGCACGGGGUGGGUCGGUGGGUGACGAUGUAGGCUGGCCAGGGCAGGUAUGCACACCACCGGUGUCGUGCCGUGGUGGUUGAUAUUUUUUUUGUAUCGUGCGCGCGUGUGUGGGUGGGUGACAGGACGCACGUCAUCAUCGCGUGCUUUCUGCUCGGCCACUUGGUGUUGCCGAUGUUUCCUUCUUGUUAUUUAGUGUGCUGCAUGCUGCUCGAGCGGUUGUGGGAACAUCGAUUUUUCUUCGUGGACGCGCUCUAAAGUGAAACGUUGUCGCAAGCCUUUCCCUCCCUCAAGGCUGGCAACCGUGUCUGACUGUGGUCGUUUCGCCGUUUUUAGCACUCCGCUCGUGAAGCAGCAACGGUCCUAGCGGGCCAAGAGGUCGAUUGAGUGCGUGCGGCGUGUGGGUGCAGCAUCCGCCCGAUAGCACUAGUCCUAGUCCGUUCUCGUUGUUUCCUUUGUCAGGGUUUGAUUCUGGGGCUUUUUGACUGCCAGAAGUCGCCAAUGGCGAGGAUUGAAUCGUGCAGGCGGCCGCCAGCGUAGCAGGGUAGCUAUGAUAGCAGUGUCGGUAGAAAUACGUUGCGACUUAUGUCAGGGAGGAGGUGGAAAGGGGGUCCGGGCCACGUAAGUUAAACUCGAGCUCCUAUCGAGGUUGUUCGAGAACAAUGUGUGCUGGGGUUGGUCUUGUUACGACAGCCGUGACUCUGAAAAAAGUAACCACGCGAGCAGGAGAGAGUAUUUUAAUUUUGCAGGCGUAGGGUAGGAGGAGGCAGGAGAGCGGAGCUCAGCAGCAUGUGGGCGUCCAUGGCUCCGUGAUUGCGGAAGCCGCGUCGUAGGUCGGUAACAGGUAACUUGUAGGUGAAAGUUCUCGGGGCGGCAGAGCUCGGCUUACCAUGGGCGAUGACGCCCCGCGAUUGCGCAAGUAGCGUGGGCCAGUAGGCCGGUUCGCACGUAUGUUGGAUUAUCUCGUAGUUUGUGUCUGGGUUGUGAAGCUUGUCCCACUGACCCACACAGGUUCUGUGGGGGUUACGGACAAGUCGACCACGUUAGUAGUACACUCGUGGCUUUGGGCAGGGAUGAUAGUGGAGUACGGACGGCGUGAAGCAGGCUUUAGCGUGAUGAGUGUAGCGAGGAACGGUUUCGGCAGCAAGGACCAGAUGGGGAACGAGAGUGAGUGAUCCGAGCUGUGUUUUUUGGAGAGAACAGGUCACAAUAGUUCAACGAAGGGCGUGUGUGUCUUGUGCUUUGAUCGAAGCAACACAGUUCACUAGCACAACCCAGACUUGAAAUCAAAAAGAACGAGAUCGCAUCAUCGGGCCCCGGGGGAAGUUUGCGGACACAUCGCGAAUGACUUGGUGUCAAGUGUAAAGCAUUCCAAGAUCAAUGUUGCUCUUUAUGUUCGUGUUGUGAUAACUCCUUUGCCGGGCGAUCACUGCAGUACUGCUGUAGGGUAAGCCUCAGUUU